AUGGCGCGAAACUGCCUAAGGCGCCGCGCCUUCGGCGCUGUCUGUGACUUGACCGUUCAAGAUGUAUUUUUCCUCCUUUUCCCUUGCGCGUGGACUUUAUUUGCAACCUGUUGUUUCUGCUAUUAUACUGUCCACCCGACGGUACACGAUGAGAGCCCCAGGACGAUACCAAUGUACUGGAGUCUCAUAUCAGCUCUGCCAGCAGCUGUUAUGGCGUUUAACUACUACAUAUUCCAGCGGGCAUCAGUUGUUCAGAACGGCCUCUCGCGGUAUACAAUUGGGGAGUUGUCUCAAGUAAUGCGUUUGUUUGGCCUGUUGGUUAUUUGCGCUUUCUUAAUCCUUGCAGUCGUUAGCGGGGUACAGUUUUCUCAGUGUACGACAUGCCAGCACGAUGUAUUUGGCGAGAAUGCAUUUUGGUGUUUGGUGACGAUGCUGUGGUUGUUGGUGAUGGCUUGUUUAUCUCCUUCUCCUCGGCACUUAGCUAAAUUAACAUUUACUCAGGAAACAGCAGCAGGAAUUGCAGGAGCAGCAGACGGCCGCGUCUUAGGCCGCGUAGCGAUGGCUGAUGAUGCUACUUUCAUGGCUGCAGACAGCCAGCAAACAAAUGCCGAAAACUUCCUCAGAGCAGGAGUUCAUCCAGACCUCGUAGCACAUGGCAAAGUCGCUCCUGAAAAGACCGCCGAAUAA